UAUAUAGGCCUGGCUUCUGAGUUUUGCACAGACCAACUUUUGCUGAGUCCAAACUACUGAUACACCUGCAUUCUGCAAACCUUUGAGUAUCACACUUGCUUUUCUUCUUCCAUCACUUUCCUCACCACUACUCUUCUUUCAUUUUCCAACCCAAACCUUUCAUCAAAUGGCAGCUUUUUCAUCCCAAUCCUACCAUCCCUUUCUACUUCACUCCACAAACACCCAACAACCCCUUAUAAACACUCCUACCACCCAUUCUUUUCACAAGGAAAAAACGUCUCUUAAUACUCUCACUAAUCAAGAAUCUACCAGCAGUGACAUUGAGCCUUCUGUCAUAAAAAACCACAGUCCUCAGACAUCCAUGGUUGAAGAUAAACUUGAAAUAGGUGAACAAGUUACUCAAAACCUCACCUCUAUGCAGAAGAAGAGAACACAAAAAAAUGGACCUUCCUUAACCAGCCCCUUAUCGAUGGAUUCGGCAGAAGGGGCAAGCAAGAAACAGAAGAAAAGCAAUGGUGGUGAUCAAGGAGAAAACAAGCCAAAAGAAGUGAAGAAGGAUCAAAAGAAGGGUCCAGAAGAUCCUCCAACGGGGUAUAUCCACGUUAGAGCAAGAAGGGGUCAAGCAACGGAUAGCCACAGCCUUGCCGAAAGGGUGAGAAGAGAGAAAAUAAGUGAAAGGAUGAAGACGUUGCAGCGACUUGUGCCAGGCUGUGAUAAGGUAACCGGAAAGGCCCUUGUGUUGGACGAAAUAAUCAAUUAUGUUCAGUCCUUACAGAAUCAAGUGGAGUUCUUGUCAAUGAAACUUGCUUCUGUGAAUCCCAUGUUCUUUGACUUGGCAAUGGACUUAGACACGCUCACGGUUAGGCCUGAUCAGAAGUUAAAUAAUGCAGCAUCCCCAUCACUACUACCAUGUGUGGAACAAUGCAGACCAAACCAGGCCAUUGCUUUUGCUGACACGACCACCCUGACCACCACUACCAGCAGCUUCCCCACCGCUAAUAAUGAUGACUUUCUUUUGGAUUAUUCAUCUUCAUCUUUUCUUCAACCCCACAGGCCAAAUGUCUUCUUCGAGUAUAACGGUGGUCAGAUUUGGGAAGUAGACCAGCGACAAAAGUUUCUUCAACCAUAUGGAUUCGCCAAUAAUACUGGCUCUUUCAAUUAAUAUCAAUGUUUCACAUAUGCAGGUUGGCAAAUUCAAAACACGUAUCGGUAUCUCAGUGAAAAAGAAAUAUUCUGAUGCAUGAGAAAUCAAAGCUAUGGUUGGUAUCACAGUAUCAUCAUAUAUACGAAUAUAUGAUCAUAUUUUGAAGGGAAUUCCUGAUUUUCUUUGCUUGGUUCUUAGCUUGUCACCAAAGUAAAGAGACCUUUGAAGACGAUGAAUAAAGUGAAGCAAAAUUAAUGGAUGAAGAACACACACUAAGGACAGAAAAUGCCGACCAAAUAAAACCAUAUCUUUUGCUAGAUCUGUUGUUCUGUUCCUGUCCAACAUAUAUGUGAUGCACAAAUUCCAAGAGACUCUAUGUCAAUCCUGCAGACAUUGAAAUUUAUGUCAUGUAAAUUAAUUAUAUGUGAAUUAUUAGAAGAAAAAUUAUUCUUGUGGUGGCAGUUAUUCUGUUGAUACAGUUAAUUUCACCGUUAUUGAGAAAUGAAAGGUUGAUGCUACUCAUCACCUCUUGACAAGACAAUGCAUGCAUUUUCUGGUGUAGUUCAUUUCAUCUAAAUUUGCAGA